AUGGAUGUUACUAAAAGUAAUUUUUGUUAAUCUCAAAGGAAUACAUUUUUAGAAAGUGAUUCUUAGUUUAAUUUAAAUGAUUAAGAACAACAAAUUUAAAAUUAGUAAUUUUAAUAACAUCAAUAUAAAAAAAGCUCUAAUUAAUAAAAAAGCAAUUUAUUGAAAAGAUAUUCUUUAAAUAACUAAAAUAGUGAAUUUAUUAUUUAAAAUAUAUUUGCGAAAAAAAAGUAUUUUUUAAUUUUUUAAAUAAAUUAUUUAUAAUGUGUUUUUGUUUUUGUUUUUGUUUUUGUUAUUGUUUUUUUUUUUUUUUUUAAUGAUUAGUUCUAAAAAAAUAAACAAUUAAAUCGAUUUAUUAAAUCUGUUAGAAUAAAAUAAAAAAAUAAACUAUACCGAUAAUUUAAAACAUAAAAAUCCUAAAAUUUGUAAUAUUUUAAAUAAAAAAUACUUAAUUUAUUUAACUUUUUUAUAUCAAUAUUUAUAUAUAUAUAUAUAUAUUUUAAUGCAUCUAAAGGCGUAAUUGAACCUAAAAACCCCUAAAAUACGAAUAUAUAAAACUAUAAAAAAAGUAAUUAGUAUUUAGUAUAAAAUAAUUAGUCUAAUAAAAAUGAUUACAUAGAAUCUAUUAUAAAAAACAUUAAUUAAAGCAAAGGAGGAUUAAACGAAGUUUGGAAAAAGAGAUCAUUUAGAAUUUUAGCAAAAAUUAAUUAUUUUAUUUUACGAAUAAAAUAGUUCUCUCUAUCUUUAAAAUUCAAAAGCUUUACCCAAAAACAAUUCCAAUUAAUAAAUGACAAAAGCUCAAACUAUGAAUUUUUUAAGUUAAUAUAAUAUAAUUAAAAAAACAUAUUUAUUUACACCUACCAGAAAAUUAUAUAUAAUAUCAAAAAAUCUAUAAACGUUUAUCUUUAUAAAAACUUUAAGGUAUUCAAAAGUUUAAAAAUUAGCAAAAAUAUAUAAAUACAACCAAAUAGUUACAUUAAAAAUAGCUGGGAUUUAUUAACUUUUAUUUUAAUUUUUUUUAAUUUAUUUUACAUACCUCUUGUAGUUUGUUUUCAAGAAGAAAAAAUAAUUGCUUUCUAAACAUAAAUUAGUCUUCUUAAAUAUUUCUUUUCUAUUGAUAUUCCUAUAUAAAUGAUAACUCCAUAUUAUUCUAAAGGACAAAUAGUUUAAGAAAAAAGUAAGAUUUUCAAAAAAUAUGUUUAAAAAAAUUUCAUUUUAGAUUUUUUAACAUCUUUAGGUUUUAUUGCAAGCUUUUUUUUAUAAAUAAAUUGGAUAAACUAUGUUAUAAUAUUCAAAAUAAAACGAAUGAUAAAUAUAUAUAGAGAAAUAGAAUAAAGACUUAACCUUCGUUAUAAAUAUUCAACAUUUUUAGAUUUAACAACUUUGGUUUAUUAUAUUAUUAUAGUCGCCCAUAUAUGUGGUUGCCAUUUUUUUUUAGUAGGAAUAUUAUAAAAAACUGACUUAGAAACAUAAACAUGGAUAAUGGCUUAAUAACUUGAUGAAUAAAAUUUGUAAACUAAAUAUAUAACAUCCGUAUAUUGGGCUGUAAUAACAAUGAUUACACUGGGAUAUGGUGAUGUAGUUCCUAUAACAAAUAUCGAAAAAAUAUAUGUGACUUUUGUCACAAUAAUUAGUUGUGGGGUAUUUGCUUAUAUAGUGAAUACUAUUGGGUCUAUAAUAUAAGAUAUAAAUAAGAAUUAUUAAGAGUUUUAACAUAAUGUAUCUUAAUUGAGUGGUUAUUUAACCGAAAGGGGUGUUAAUAAUAACUUAAUUGUAAAAAUAAAAAAAAACUUCGAGUAUUUGUAUAAAGAAUAGGUAAAAAAAUACGAAGUUCAUUAAAGUUUAUUAGAUAAUCUAAACUCGACUUUGAAAAAAGAAGUCUAAAAAGAAAUAUACUACAAGAUUUUACUAUAAUAGAAAUUUUUUAAGUUAAAUUUUACUGAUGAUUUUAUAAAAGAAUUAGCUACUCAUAUCAAAUAGAAAAAUUUAAUGCCCGAAGAAGUUGUUUUUGACUUCGAAAAUAUUAAUUAAAACCUAUAUUUUAUAAUAAAAGGACAGAUUUAAAUAUAUGUAGAUUCUAAUAAUUCCCCAAAAUUAGUCUAAGUGUUUGAGAAAGGAAAGAUUUUCAGCUAAAACUCUCUUUUUAAUUCAGAACCUUCCAUAUAUAAAGCCGUUUCAAAAAAUGUAGCAAAUCUAGCAUAUUUAAAUUAAUAGGAUUUUAUAUAAGUAAUAAAGGCUUUUCCUUAAGAUUACGAAAAAUAUUGUAUGAUAAAAGAUUAAUAUAAUAUAAAUUAGGUAUUAUAAAAUUUAG